CAAGCCGUGAGACAAGGAGAGAUGGGACCCCACCAGUGCUUCUCCGUUUUCAGGCUGGAGCCAGCCUCCAAUUGAGAAAUACGAGCAAUAUUCGGCCGAGAUCCGCGAGUUGACGCGUUCAAUAAUCGAAUUGCCCUACAACCCAAAGACUUGGAAAGAUCGAGCUGAGAAACUACGUGUACUCGGCUGUCCUGAGCUUUCUUUAGGCGAUACGCAUAAGGCUCGUCUCCUCGUUGAAGCCGCCCGGUCGAAUCCCACCACCGAUCUUGGAGAAAAGGUGCUGUUGACUUUUGGGAUGUCAAUCUGGCUCGAAGCCCCUAAUGAAUGGAUUCGCGCUGAGUUAUAUGGGUUACGGUGGAGCUUUAACGUUAUGCUGCGCCGCUUGGAGAAGGCAAUCUGGCUUGAAAUCUACCUUGGGCUCAUCUACACGGAGUGCCACUGGGAUAUCCACCAUCUCCGCGAUAAAAUGGCACAACACGUACCAUUCUUUCGUCUGCGGGGGUUUCAAGACCGUUCAUUAGCCUCCAUCAAAGCGAAGAAGAUCCAUUUAGAAGCAAAAGGCUGCUACGGUAACAAUUCGGACCGCCUACGAUUCGGAGCUGUCUACCUACGGGCAUAUCCUUGGAUGGAACCCGCCCUGCUACGGCGAUCAAAUGGUGCGGUUAAAGGCUUGAAGAAGGCUUUAGGCAUAUCUCCAGAGUCACGAUGCCGACUUGGAAAGUCUUCGAUCCAGAAUGGUCUGACUCAAGUCCGGGGGACGAAGUUGCAGACUGGGGAUGCAUAUGGCGUGUUUGCGACGCGCGAAUUGCGUGCAGGGACAAGGUUGAUUCGACAUCCCUCGCUAUCUCAACAAAUCCAAACGCUUGUCCUGUAUGUCUCCAACUCUUCAACGCCAAUACGAUUGGCCUUGAAUGCUGUACCACCGUCAAGUUCUGCACCCAAGCUUGCGCAGACCUGGCUAGGGAAUCUUUCCACAAGGUUACGUGCAACAAGAAGUUUGAGUUUCCUGGCCUUGACAGGCUUGCAUACGGAGCACAGAUGAUGACGUUACACACUCUUCGAUUCCUCGCUCUUAUAGUGCAAUGG